AUGGGAUGGACGUACGAAUGCCUCGGCUGGUUUCACUGCCGCUCCGCCGCCAGCCUCUGGCGAUCCGGCACGAUCACAUUCGAAGACGCAUUCGACGCACAGCGUCAAGCCGGCAUAUGCCUCUACCAACGAGGAGGAAGAGAGUGCAUGCAGUUCAACGAUUAUGUGCUCCACUACGUGAUGUGCGGCGAGCACUUCGUCGCCGACCCUCCGCAUUCGGCCUUCGGCUUCGCCAGCCAGAUCGAGCCAACUCCAAGGUUGGAAGUAUGGGCCCCUAAUAUGGACCCUGAUGCGAGACACCACUUAAAAACAUCCCGCAAAGCCGAUUGGGCUCGUUACUGA